AUGGAUGGAGAACAUUCUGCGCUGUCAGGGGUGCAGAGGGAAAGAGAGAAGCUCCCACCAAUAUUCAACAGCUCCCCUCCUGGUUUUGGUCGUGUAACCAAGCAGCCGUUUCCGUCUUUGGGCACCUUCAUCUCCACACUGAACCAGAGGAGGGACGCAGGAGGACGGACCUUUGCUGGCGGCAUGACGGCCACGCUGAGCAGCACGCUGGGACUCAGACAUGGGAGAGAGCUGCCUCCAAUAUGCAGCGACGUCCGUCAGAAACAGCGGAUCUCCAUUGACACUCUACCUCCAGAAGUCAAAGCUCCGUUCCCCUCCGACCCCGUCAUCCCGCUCCGCACCAAGACCACCAAGGAGUUCCAGGAAGAUGUGGAGCGUGCCGUCCAAUCGGGUGACUGGAGGGAGGUCCGAGAGUUUUACCUGACCACCUUCGACUCCUUCAUAGAAAUCAACGCUGCUUUCAAGCGAGAGGCGAAUGGAUCAUUUAACACCAUAGACGACUCGGGAGUCAACGCCAAGUUCGUCAACGCCGUUUACGAUGCGCUGCUCAGCACACCUCAGGACAUCCAGAAGUCGGUGCUGAAAGGAAUCAUCAACAGCCUGCUGAGGGAGUGGAAAGGACCUCGGACUAAAGACGACCUGCGAGCUUAUUUCAUCCUGGUUCAGAACCCGCAGUAUUCGAGCACCAGCACCUACGUGAUCUACGCUCACCUACUGAGGCAGAUCGCAGCUCUGUCUGAGGCCGACCAUCACUUCCUGGUCCACUGGCUCAAAAAGCUGUCGGCGAGGCGUUUCAGGCAGCUGGUAGAGCGCCUCCUGCAGUUCAUCUCCACACGGCUUUUUCCUGCAGAACCGGACGAGCUUCCUCCUCUGGCCAAGUGCUCCUGGUGGAUUCCCUCUGCUACCAAAGUGCUCGGCCUGUUCAAUGCAGCCAACAGCGUCUCCUCUUCUCCCAUCAUGCCUUUCACCGACUUCUACAACAUCACUCUGGAGCACAUAGACUUCAUGGAGGAGUACAGGACCUGGCAGAAUUACGGCAACUCAAACCGGUUUUCUUUCUGUCAGUUUCCCUUCAUCCUGUCGACAGUGGUGAAGAAAGCCAUCAUCCAGAAAGACUCGGAGCAACAGAUGAUCAGUCAGGCCAGGCAAAGCCUGGUCAGUAAGGUUUCUCGCAGGCAGAGAGUCGACAUGAACCUUCUGUUCCUCAACAUUAAAGUACGACGAGCACAACUCCUCAGCGACUCACUGGAUGAGUUGAUGAGGAAGCGGUGCGACCUGAAGAAGAAGCUGAGGGUGACGUUUGUCGGGGAGGCGGGGCUCGACAUGGGCGGCCUGACGAAGGAGUGGUUCCUGCUGCUGGUGCGACAGAUCUUCCACACAGACUACGGAAUGUUCACCUACAUGAAGGACUCGCGCUGCCAUUGGUUCAGCAGUUGGAAGUGUGACAACUAUUCUGAGUUCCAGUUGGUCGGGACUCUGAUGGGCUUAGCAGUUUACAACAGCAUCGCUCUGGACAUCCACUUCCCCCUCUACUGUUACAGGAAGCUUCUCACUCCACCUACUGCACCAUGUGACCAAAACUCUGUUAUUGGCAUGGCAACCGCCACCCUGGACGACCUGCAGCAGAUCAUGCCGGAGCUGGCUCACGGUUUGGGAGAGCUGCUGAGCUACGAGGGAAACGUAGAGGAAGACUUCUACCUCACCUUCCAGGUGUUCCAGGAGGAGAUGGGGAUGGUUAAAUCCUUCAACCUGAAGCCUGGAGGAGACAAGAUUCCCGUCACCAAGCAGAACAGGAAAGAGUACGUUCAGCUCUACGUCGACUUCCUGCUGAAUAAAUCCAUUUAUAAGCAGUUUGCUGCCUUCUACCAUGGCUUCCACAGUGUGUGUGCCUCCGAUGCACUCAUGCUGCUGCGGCCGGAGGAAGUAGAGAUGUUGGUGUGUGGCAGUCCGGAGCUCGAUAUGAGCGCUCUGCAGAAAGCUGCUCAGUACGAAGGAUACAGCAAGACCGACUCCACCGUACGGUGUUUUUGGGACGUAGUGUUGGCGUUCCCUCCCGAGCUGCAGAAGAAGCUCCUCCACUUUGCAACAGGAAGUGACCGCGUUCCCGUCGGAGGAAUGGCCGACCUCAACUUCAAAAUCUCCAAGAUAGAAGUUCCUACUGACUGGUUGCCGAUCUCUCACACCUGCUUCAAUCAGAUCUGUCUGCCUCCGUAUCGAACCAGGAAGGAGCUGAAACACAAACUCACCAUCGCCAUCUCCAACGCCGAGGGCUUCGGCCUGGAGUGACCUGCCU